AUGGUUGCCCGCCACAUUGCGGGGGCGCUCGCGCUGUACACGGAUUGUGUCGGGCCUCGCGGUCUCAGCCAGCGCCCUUUCGAGGCGCAGGUCCCUGCUCGGGGCGGCUGGGGCUGCCUGUGGCGCUGCGGCUCCCGACGGAGUCCUUCGGCACUCGUGGCCAGGAACCCGCUUGGCACCGUCGUCAGCGCAGGCAAAAGUCACAUGAAAAAGGUGAUAGAUCCAGGAAAGAAGCUCGUGAACGUUCAGGUAGCCGCAAAAGGAAAGAAGGCUUACCGCGACAUGCUCAAAGACGAGCGGCGGGUGCGCGAUCAGCGUGAGCAGGAUGAAACACGAGCUGAAGCUGAACAGAGACGUAUGAAUGAAGAGGCUAAAGGUUUGUUACAAGACGAGUACGAGCGUGAUUUCGACAUCGAGCGGGAAGCAGAGCUCGAGCGGCAGGUCAAAGCCGAACAGCAGUAUGUGGCACAAGCGAGAUUUGAAGCCGGGCAGGCUUUGAUCAACGAAGAAGCUGCAGCCAAGCUGGGCAAACGGGCGCGGCUAGUUCAGAAUUUGCGCGGCCACCCGUCGGCGCGCACUGCUCAGCGCCCAGGGGUGGCGCUGGGGGCGCCAGAGGGUACCGACCGUCGGCUUCGGCUGGCGGUGCGCACUGCUCAGCACCCCCCAGCCAGCUCACGGGUGCCAGAGGGUACCGACCGAUGGGUGGAGACGGGCAUCGCCAAGAGGGACAGUGCUGCUAUAAGGCAGCAUUCUGCUGGCAUGGAGAUUGACGGCCCCAACGUGCUCGUCGACCUUACAGACUCCCAGCCAGCGCCGCCAGCAUUUUGCAAGGUCAAGCAGAUCACCACUAUUUCGGAGCUCUACUGUCAGGUACAGUGGCAAUUGAGUGCGAGCUCGGCCAUGCAUCAUGUAUAUUGUGACGCGUUCUUGCACAUCAAGUCCCCCGAGCUGGCGGCGUUUGCGCUGGCCCGCGUCAUGCAGGACUCUGCGGGUUUUGCGUGCCAGGGCUUUGUGGCUGCGCGAGCAUCGACAGCUCGCGCCCUCUCAGACACGAGCGACCUGACUCGCAGCACAGGAGUGGAACUCUUGGGCGCGGUCUGGGCCGCAAUCUUUUCGCUGCAGCUUCCAUGGGGCGAACAGGUUUAUACCAUCUGCGAUGGCGUGGCGGCGGUGGACAAGGCGUUCAGUCGAGUGCGCCUGGUGUCAGACUUGGACAAGAUGGCGGCCACUGUGCUUCGCGACGUGCAGAGGGCACGACCAGUAAAUGUGAUCCAAGAGCCUGGGCAUCAAGACUACCCUUGGAAUGAGGCAGUCGACUCGAUCUCGCGGCUGGAUUAUACUUUACUGCAGAAGAGUAUCCAUGAUUGUGCUACAAGUUGUUAUGUCAUGUCGGACCUGGAUUUUGCUGGAAGAUCACCAGACCAUUGGCCGUUGGUAGUCACUAUGGCUGCGGCCAAGCACUAUGUCACACCUGAACCCAGGAUGCCGAUGCUGGACAGACAACAACUAAGCGAUCAUGUUCGCCAGCUCAAGUUUCAGCAGGCCUUGAAAGCACUACCGGUGGCAACAUGGGCGACGGACAUCAACGACCAGGUCGCCGAGUUCAAUGCCACAAUCAACAGGUGCACUUCCCGACUCUUUGCAGAAUACAGGUUCUCUGCGAGAAAGCCGUGCAUCAAGUCAGGUACCAUGGCCUUCAUCAGGCUUCGCAGGUAUGUUCGGCGUGCUCAACAGUCUACAUUCAGGCACUCGCUGGAGCCUUUACUUUUGCUUGCGCGACUGCUGCCCAAGCAGGUGCAGAUGUUUGUCUAUGAGUGUCGUGGCCAAGAUGGGGCUUUCUCAUGUCCGUGGGAAGGCCCCCUCUGCCAGCUGGCCAUGGCGUGUGACUUUUUCCAGGCUGAAGAGUUUACGAUGGAGGAGUUACUGGCGGCAGCUCAUCUAUUUAUGGGGGCAACUGCAGGCGCACUCAGGUGGUGCUUGCGACGAGACCGCCAGGAUUUCCUCACGCAGACGGCAAAGAAGACCGGCGCUUUCUCUGUCCUACAUGAUGGCCACCAUGAAUGGGUCUGGCUUCAGAGGUUGUUGAGAUUCAACGGCAAGCAGGCGAGGCGGUGCGAUCAUACGCUGCUGCCACAACGCUUCCAGCAGGACGGCACCCCUGCCACCUCAGAGCUGGAGUGGUCUGAGACGCUCAGGCACCAGUUUGCCCAACUGGAGGACGGCUACGAGUGCUCCGAAGUAGGGGUGCGUGACGAGUACAAUGAUCUCACGCUAGCACGCACCGGCGGCUUAGUGCGAGACAUUGCGGCUAUCCCGCCGCCGUCUUGGCUCGCCACGCGCCUCCGAGGGCACACUGCCGCGGUUAGGCCGCUGCGGUCAGCUUUUAUCAAGCACGACGCCGCCACAAAGGAUAAGCUCAAGUGUAUCGACGCGUUGUGCAGCGCCCGUCUUUUCUUCCAGGCAGAGACCUGGAAUCAGUUGUCCAGUACGAGCCUCGCGAAGUUGAAUCAUUCCUUGGUCUCGGGCUACAGGGUGGCAACAGAGAAGCUGCACGGCGCUGCGACGCAGAACCAUGCAACAUAUGCCGAAGUGCUGGCCAUUUCAGGGCAGCCGCCCUCUGGAGACUGGAUGCGGUGCAAGCAUCUGCGGACAGGCCCGAAGCCACGACGACCAUUCGACAUGGCCGACCUCGGAGGUUCGCAGAGGGAGUUUGGCCAGGUGCUGGCCGUCAACUGCCAGCAGUUUUCCGCGGCCAUGCAUCAGCGAGGCCUGGUAUCGCAGCCUGCUGCAUGCGUGGCCAGCCGCAGCUGGGACCUACUGCGGCCACUCCUGGAGCUGUUGGGCGAGGCCCUGCUGGACGCGCAGCCUGCGCUCCGCCGUGGUGGCUCUCAGCCAUGGCCGCAGGACAGCGAGCUCCUCGCCCUCCUCGCCCCGCCUGAAAGGUACCCCGAGGCGAGCUUGCAGGAGGAUGCAGAAGCUGAUUGGGCCCUGGUCGAGGGCUCUCUCCUCUCGUGCAGGUGGAAUGGGGCCGAGGGCGCCAACACCUACAUCACGGACCACAAAUCUUACGUCAUCUGCAAGGUGCUGCAUCGCAUACACGCCGCCGCUACAAGAGCAGGCGCCAGCACCAAUACCGACCACAUGAUGACCCCGUAUGCGGCCACCUUCAUCCCAGCGGAGACCAACGACAGUUAUGAUUACCUGGAGGCAGCUGCGGCCCGACCUACGGUAUCUUACCCCGACGUCGCAUGCGUCAAACAGGCCAUCGACAAGGCCAUGUCGCAGGCCACGCUGCGCCGACCACGGCUACGUUGCUUCGACACCGAGGAGGCGGCCAGGAAGGCCACCCGCGGCACUGCGGGCAUACCGUGUGGCAGCCGCACGCUGUGGGCCACUGGGCUCAAGGCCUCCAGGGACAUCAAUUUCACGAAGCACCUCGCCUCCGAUUUCGCGGCUUCUCAGGACUCCAAUUUCAUGACUGGUGCACACACGGACAAUCAUUUCGUGGACCUCCAGGGUUCCGCUGUCCCGGCCUCCAAGAACUUCAAUUUGGCAGACCACAUCAAGGAUCCAAAGGCUGGAGAGGAGAUGGAGUGGCUGACGCCCCACGCCGAGCCCGCCGGGAGCGUGCUGGGCCGUUCCCAGGCCCCGCCGAUCGCCGCGCGCGUCAGAUCCAGGCUCGCGCUGAGGUUUCUGAGUAGCAGCCUCCAGCAGGUGCGCAAGAUCUCCUCGGACGUGGUCGACAGUCUCACGGACUGCAGGGGCAUCAGCAGCGGGCCCGUGACAGCCGCCAUCUGCGCGUUCUUCCCAGUGGUCCCCGCCUUCCGCUUCGGGGACCUGUACGAUGCGGGCAUCACGAUUUAUUUGCUCAUCGUGGGCGCCUGGUUCUACCUCCGGCUGCCCGUGAGGGCGUUGGCCCCGCUGUUCUUCGCCGACCCCGCGGGGGCGGUGGUGGGGAAGCUCUGCACGAGGAGGGGCUUCAACCGAAACUGGUACGAGAACAAGUCCGUCAUGGGGACCCUGGCGGUCUUGCUCUUCGCCUUCCUGAGCCUGGACGUGCCCAGCGCCGCUGCGCGGGCCUGCCUGGCCGUGGUGUGCGCGCUGGCGGAGGCCUUCGGAGGCAAGACCUACGACAACCUCGCCAUAUCGGUGCCCGUGCUGGGCUCGUGGGCGCCGCGCGCCCCCUUCGCCCGCCGCCGACCCCCGCCGAGCAGCAGCAGCGGCGGCGCCAUCAAGGACGACUGCGCCGUCGAGGGCGGCGAAGACGACGAGGGCGACGCGGCGCCACCAGCGAGGACGACGCCGCCAGCGAGAGCGGCCUCGUCGACGGCACCGGCGGCGCGUCACCGAGGGCGGCGGCGGCGGCAACGGCGUCGGCGGCGGAGGCUUCUCUGUUGGACAUCGCCCUGCAUGGGGCUCGUUUCGGGCUCGGGGCGGUCAGCUUAGGCUACGAGGCUAGGGGGGG